AUGGAGGAGUUUUACAACAACCCGUUCCGCCAUGACCCGGCAGUGGAUGACGUUUGCUACGCCAGCGUGCAGUUCCCCUCAAUGACAGCCUCGAACACGGGGACGGAGAGCUGCAGGGAAAGGGAUUUCUUCUCUAUUUCCUCGGCCCUCCGUUUCCAGACGCAGUUGAGCGAAGCACUUCGAGCCAACAGCACGCUUCGAAGCACCUACGAGGCCCACAUUGAGACGCAGCGGAACGAGAUUGACCGCCUCAGCGUGGAGAACAACGAGCUGCAGAUGAAGCUGACAAGGCUGGAGGCGCAGCUGCGAUCCCUCUUGUUGGAAAAGGAUUGCUCGACAAUGGCGUACAAGCGGGAGGUUGAGAAGAACGCGUUACUAGAAGAAAAAGUUGGGUGUUUAGAGGAGGAGCUGAACUCACUGGAGCGACGCACACGUGAGCUGAGGGCUGCGUAUAACAGGACCCCGCAGCAGACGGAUGGGUGUGAGACAACUUCUUCUCGGAUCCGCCCCAAUCUACUUCAGCAACAGCGGGAGAACCAUUAUACAGAACAGGGGACGCCAUCAUCAUUAGUGAGUGGGAGUGAUUUACACUCACCGAAGUCACUUUUAGAGUCGGAGCGUAAUAAUCGCUCGGGCGAGAAGCAGAAAUGGCGGGUUGCAGAGGAGGCCGCUGCAUCUUGGCGAACGGAGACCGCAACCAGCAUGAAAACAGGAUUGGGAGGGCGGACCCCGAAGCCGUGCUCAAAGGUCACGCCGUACCCCACUCAAGUGAUGGAUGAGGAGAACGAUGUCGUUGUUAAGGAAUUAGAGAAGCGACUGCUGCGGGAAUGUCAAACGAGGGACGAGAUUGAAAAGCGGUUGCAGAAGAUGGAGUCGACAAGGAUUCGCUCCGGCUCCGAGAGGGCGAAGAAGAUUGCACUUGAGAGGGAAUUUAUUGCCGCCCAACGAGCUGUAGGAGAAACCCGAAUGAGGCUUCGGGAGCUUUCCGCACUGGUACGAUGA